UGUUUUUAUUUUUAGAAAAUAAUUUCUCCGUCCGUUUGUGAAUUGUGGAAGUGACAGAUACGGACAUAAACCAUCCUGAAUUUUUGGAUUACUUACGUCUGGAUCAAUGGUUUGAAUUACACCGCGUAUAGAUGGACGCGGACAUGCUGACGUUGGAUGACUCGGUUGAAGAACCGAGUCAGAGACUGACGGAUAUUGAGACGGAGAUUAUCAGCUCGGAUGACAUGCAGCAGAUGCAUGUCGAUUUAUCACGAAAUAUUCCCGGCCAUACUAAAAGAGCUUCUCCUAAACCCAUCAAGAGUGCCACCGUAAAAGUGCAGAAAAACGACCCCGUGAAGAGAGUUCGAGGGGUAUCUGUGAGAAAGAAAGCAGGGAUCUCAGCGAUCGCGGCGUCGGUUAAUUCCUCCGAAAAGCUGACAAAUAAAUUACCCAUUGCGAAACUUCCUGCACCUCUUCUACCUAGCACGGAACGCGAACGAUUGACUUCCACUGUUGUCAGUAUUGCGAGAUAUCCUGUCCCGAAAUCCUUGGUGCCAACAUUGUGUUGGGACGAUCUGUCGAAGUAUUUGCAGCUGCAGAAAUCUCGAAACACUGCCUCCAGGCCCGCUGCACCUCCUGGUUAUCAAGUACAAAUUCCACAGUUUAUCUUUAUAGAUGCCGGCCAGCCUGCUGCUUCGAUGAAUAGUAAACUGUCAACAUCAGUUGUUGUACGGCAAGCGACUCCUGCGACGGAUCCCAAAAGCAGUGAAGGGACUGCGCCGCAUGUAAACAAACUUCCCAUACCAAAAAAUUCCAGACAGUGCACUUCGCUCAGUUUCAUGGGCCAAAAACAGCAGGUAUCUUUCUCCAGUGCCCAAAUUGGAAAGCCUUGCCAUUGCUCAAAAUCUCAUUGCCUUAAACUGUAUUGUGAUUGUUUUAAUCGUGGAGUGGAAUGCCAAGCCGGCUGUGCCUGUGUAGAAUGCCAUAACAAUUCUGAGCACGAAGCCGACAGAUCUGUCGUUAUCGCCAUGAUCUUAUCGAAGAAUUCCCAAGCUUUUCAGCCCAAAGUGCAAACUGAUUCCCAGUCCGGAAGCGGUGACAAAGCCCAUGUCAGAGGUUGCCGUUGUCGAAAAUCAGGAUGUUCGAAACGGUAUUGCGAGUGCUAUUUGGCAAAGGUCUCGUGUGGAUCAUUAUGUCGCUGUACUGAAUGCGGGAAUACAGUGGACGCCGCUCUUGAUUACGAAGACUCACCUGGUGGUUUGCCAAAAGUGCGUUCGAAAUCGUUUUCCAAAAAAGAAGGGACGAAUCGGACGGUCGCAGUUGAUCCAACUUUUAAACCGUGAUAAAACAACAAUAGAGAUUGGAUUUAUCAUUUAUGUUAGCAAAAUGAAAUAACCGACAAACGGUUGACGGUUUUACUGUUUUAAAAAAAACAAGGCAGUGGACGUUUGCUGUUUUGUCUGCUGAAGAAUGAUCUCGAGUUGAGUGGCUACUCUAGUUUUCUCGCAUCGGCUUUGAUUUUCCAGUGUUUAUGUUUUUAAAGUUUCUACAUUCUGUUAAUUGUAGAUAUUGUUCGUAGUAGGUGGUACCAGGUUCUUUUUCUCUCAAGACAAAAUUACAUCAUUUUUUGUUACCGGGUAGUAUUUAAA